UUAAAUUUUAUUCUAGAAGAAAGAAUAAUACCAUUGACUUAUAAUCACAAGCCUAACAUAAGUUCUAACCCAUCAAAUCCAACGUUGAACAAUCAACUUUAUAUUAAAAUCUUCCAUUUUAAAUGGCAUAUAGUAAUAUUAUUACAUUUUAUUUUCUAUUAAUAUAUUCUAUGCACCAUGCAAAACCUAAAGUAUUACCUCUCUCAACACCCUACAAUAACAAACUUCCGUUGGAGUCCAACACAAACAUGGUUCUCAACUUGGUACUUUCUAGUCAUUACAUUAACUUCCUACACCAUCUUGUCCUUUUUCCUCCACCACACACUCACCUUCCUCCUCCCGAACCGCCGUGGCUUCUACAUCCCCCUCGGCCCCAUCCCCGCCAUCCACAACCUCCUAGUCUCACUCCUUUCCAUCACCAUCUUCAUAGGUACUCUCCUUUCCACUACUGCUGAAAUCCACGACAACACGCGUUGGCUUUGGCGUUCCACCCACCUCCGUACCACCCCCGUUAAAUGGCUCCUUUGCUUCCCACCCGGGACUCGUCCCACGGGCCGUGUCUUCUUUUGGUCCUACACAUUAUACCUCUCUCGUCUCUUCCUUCACCUCCCCCAAACCUUCCUCAAAAUCCUUAAACGUCGUCAUGUUACGUUCUUCCACGUCUUGAACCAAUCCUCUCUUUUGCUCAUGUCCUACCUAUGGCUCGAAUUCUCUCAAUCUUUUCAAGUGCUCGCGAUACUUCUCUUAACCUUGCUAUACGGCGUCGUUUAUGGAUACAGGUUUUGUGUUGUUGUUGGUUUUCCAAAACCUAGGUUUCUGUUUCUUGUAAACUGUCUAGUUGUGUUGUUGGUUUGCAACUUAAUUUGCCACGUUGGAGUGUUGUUGUUACAUUUUUUUGGUGGUAAUAAAGGAGGGUGUAACGGUAUAGGAGCUUGGUUGUUUAAUUCCGUGUGUAACGGGUUAAUAUUUCUUGUGUUUUUUAAGGAUUUUAAGUAGAGGUUUAGUAGAACAAGUUUGCUAGAUGAUGAUUCUUCAACUCAUCAUCAUUCGUCAAGACACGUUAAAGAAAAGGAGACGUGAGUUGUCCAUCGAUUUUAGUAGAGCAACUCAACCAAAAGAUUAAGCUAAUGGUUGAAACCAAACAAUAUGUUUUAUACAGCUGGUGAUUGCGGUCUAAAGCCGGCGUUUUCGUUUUCCGUUUGUGUGCUACCUUAGGACUGCAUUAGUACAUUGGUACUAAAUCAACGAUUGAAACAAAUUAACUAAUUUAUUAACCAUGGCAUGUUGCCUACGUAAAAAAUACAGUAGAAUUUGUAGAUUACAAUGGAGUAGUGGUAUUUUGUUGACUAAUUACCAAUAUUCGUAUGAUAUUAUGCUACGUAUUUAAUCUUGAUUCAUACUUGGUCUUUGUGAUGCCUGA